CACACACAGUGACUGCUGCGCGCGCACGUACAAAGUUCUUUUUGCGCUGAUUUUUUUUCUCCUUCUUCUUCUGUGCGUUGUAGCUUUGAGUUCAGCUUCCGUGGUUCCGUGCACCUGCCGCGAGCUUGGUUUUACGCGACAAGCGGCGACUGUGUGCGACACCAGCUCCCCCCCGCCCCCUCCCACCCUCCGCGCGCGGACAUUUUUCGCCGGAGACGCACGUGUGGACGGGAGUGAAGAAGCGCGUGCCCGGCGGAGCGCGGCAUCGCCUCUCCCGCCGCGUGUCUCACCCUGCACUCGGUGCGUGUGGAGGUCGCAUCAGUUCUCCGCGCUUCCCUUGGUCGCCCCUCUUUAUUCCAUCAUUUAUUCUUUUAUUUUUCCGAACUCUGAGCUGAAUUUUUUCGAGCGGGAGAAGCAGACGAGACGCGUUUUCAGCACCACGUCCGUGGACAGCUCUUACCCCGCGCUCUCUGCGUUCGUGCGCGCGCGUGUGUGCAUAUGUGUGUGUGUGUGCGCGCUCGCGCGCGUGUCUUUCCGUCUUGAUGGACGCUAUCUGUCUCUCUCUCUGAGUAAAGCUGGUUCCCAAUGGCAUCUCACGGGUUCUGGUCUUUCGGAGCCGAAAAUUCGGACGACAACAGGAGCCAAAGCCCCGCCAGAGCCUGGUGUCAAGCGGCGGCGCAGAAAUUCACAGGGGGCAUCGGAUCUAAGUUAUGUGCUCUGCUCAAUGUCGGAGAGGGUGACAAAGCCCCCGAAAGCAGCACCAAGCCGGGGGAGGUCGCCGAAAAAUCGUGCGGCUGCAACCAGCCCUGCAGCUGCUCCACGGACAACCAGGGAUUCUCGGACCUUUACUCAACAGACUUACUACCUGCGACAAAUGGGGACAUAAAGACGAUGACCUUCCUUCAAGAAGUGGUCAAUAUUUUGCUGGCUUAUAUCGUGGAGUCCUUCGACAGGUCCACCAAAGUCAUUGACUUCCACUACCCGAACGAGCUGCUGCAGAGCAACAACUGGGAGCUUUCGGACGAGCCAGAAACUCUGGAUGAUAUUUUGCUGAGCUGUCGAGCCACGCUGAAAUACGCCAUCAAAACAGCUCAUCCCAGGUACUUCAAUCAGCUUUCCACUGGAUUAGACAUGGUUGGUUUAGCAGCAGACUGGCUAACGUCAACUGCUAAUACAAAUAUGUUUACGUACGAGGUUGCCCCCGUCUUCGUGCUGCUAGAGUAUGUCACCCUAAAGAAGAUGAGGGAGAUGAUUGGAUGGCCAGAACGGCGGGGGGAUGGAAUUUUCUCGCCUGGUGGAGCCAUCUCCAACAUGUAUGCCAUGCUGCUUGCUCGAUUCAAGAUGUUCCCAGAAGUUAAGGAAAAAGGAAUGUCAUCGGUCCCAAGGCUGGCAGCCUUCACGUCUGAACAUAGCCAUUUUUCAAUCAAGAAAGGAGCUGCCGCUCUGGGGAUCGGCACAGAAAGCGUCAUCCUCAUCAAGGCCGACGAGAGGGGUAAAAUGAUCCCAUCAGACCUGGAGAGAAGAUUGGUGGAAGCCAAACAGAAGGGUUUUGUCCCGUUUUUCGUGAGCGCCACAGCGGGCACAACUGUAUAUGGAGCCUUCGACCCCCUCAUCGCCAUCGCUGACAUCUGUAAGAAACAUGGCGUCUGGAUGCAUGUCGAUGGUGCCUGGGGAGGAAGUCUGCUCAUGUCCAGGAAGCACAGGUGGAAACUGAAUGGCGUCGAAAGGGCCGAUUCGGUGACGUGGAACCCUCACAAGAUGAUGUCGGUUCCACUGCAGUGCUCUGCUCUGCUGGUGAAGGAGGAGGGGCUGAUGCAGAAGUGUAACCAGAUGCAGGCAUGCUACCUCUUCCAGCAGGACAAACACUAUGACUUGUCCUACGACACUGGCGACAAGGCGCUCCAGUGCGGCCGUCAUGUUGACAUCUUCAAGCUGUGGCUCAUGUGGAGGGCCAAGGGUACCAUUGGAUUUGAAGCUCAGAUUGACAAGUGCUUGGAGCUUUCGGAGUACCUGUACAACAAGAUCAAGGACAGGGAGGGAUACCAAAUGGUGUUUGAUGGCAAACCUCAGCACACCAACGUCUGCUUCUGGUACCUUCCGCCGGGCAUCCGCUACCUGGAGGACAAGGAGGAAAAGAUGAGGCGCCUACAUAAGGUGGCACCGGUGAUCAAAGCCAGGAUGAUGGAGUAUGGUACGACCAUGGUGAGCUACCAGCCGCAGGGAGACAAGGUCAACUUCUUCCGUAUGGUCAUCUCCAAUCCAGCAGCAACCUUUGAGGACAUCGACUUUCUCAUCGAGGAAAUCGAACGGCUCGGGCAAGACUUAUAACUCUCCCUUGCCACGGUGUCUAAAAGUUAGACAGAAUGAAAUGCUUGUUGUGAAUGUACCAGUUUGCCAUUCCCCUUCAAAAUGAGCAGUGUAUUUGAAAAGAUAUAUAUUUCCGUAUAUUUCCGUAGUGUUGGUGUUAACUACGAUGUCCAAAGCACAGGUUUAAUGCUUUUGUCUGUAUUCCAUGUCUAGAUUAGAAUAUGCAAUGUUUCGUCACAGAUAUUUAACUUAAAGGAUAUUAUGUGCUAUAUACAGAGUCAGUUGCUCCAUGUCGGUGCAAUAAUUUAUAUUUAUGAUAACGUACCCUGACCUUAUUCCACAUUCAAAAACA